CGCCGAUCAUCUUUCACAACGAACUUCUCUGCUCACCACCAAUCCUACUGUGAUCUUCCCACAUAAUGGAAACACCGGCUCAACGUGGUGCUCUAAUUGUCGUCGAGGGCUUGGAUAGGGCAGGCAAAUCCAGCCAGUGCGAGUCUCUACACAAAAGGCUCCACCACAAAGGCCGUGCAGUCAAAUAUGUUCGAUUUCCAGACCGAACCACAGCCAUCGGGAAGAUGAUCGAUGGCUAUCUGCGGGGCCAGUCACAAUUGGACGACCAUUCUAUUCAUCUUCUCUUCUCCGCAAACCGCUGGGAGCUGGCUCAAAGCAUCGAGCAAGAUAUUGCCAAUGGAGUCACCGUCAUUGUGGAUCGGUAUUCGUAUUCUGGUGCUGUGUACUCGGCCGCCAAGAUGAAUCCCACGCUGUCCCUGGAAUGGGCAUGGACGCCAGAGAUUGGACUGCCUCAGCCUGACCUGUGUCUGUUCCUGAGUAUCUCCCCGGAAGCAGCUGCUCAGCGUGGAGGGUUUGGUGUCGAACGCUACGAGAAUGCGACCAUGCAGAACCGCGUGCGCGAGUUGUUUCAGACGAUCUUCCGCGUGCAACGGAGCGGGAAUAUCCGCACCAUCGAUGCGGGCAGGACAUUCGAGGAAGUGGCGCAGGAUGUUGAGACAAGCGUCAUCGACUGCAUUGCAGGCUUGGAUGCAAUUGGUCCUUUGAGGAAAUUUGAAUCAAUCGCCCAUUGACCUCUUAUUCUACCCACACUAGCGAGCAGCGGCUGGCGGUGGCGUCAUUGCUCAUUCUAGCGUGUAUAUCUCUUCGCAGUCGCUGUCUUCUAUAAUGAUCUCGAUUCUGGUCGAUGUAGGCUGGGAUCGUGACUCCAUCAAAUUUUCCGACUCAAGGUCCGCAUCUAAUGACUCAGUCCAGUUCUCAUCUAGACUGACGUCGUCAGGGAGAUCCGCUUCUCGAAGGUCAACUGCUGUACGCUCGUUGCUGGUAUCAUCGACGCCGACACGCCCUUGCUCUGAAGUGACCCUGGAGCCUCGCUGAGUCGCGUCCGCUUUAGUCUUCUUCCUUUUCGCUCGCGGAUUGUUCGCUCCGCAGUUGCGCAGCGUCAGCUCCUGCAUCAACAGCGACCAUGGAACCGUCGUUCCACACCCCGGGCAAGCGCCACUGAUUGGAACCAGCCGAUCUGGCUC